AUGUUGAUACCUCCGGUGGGAAAUGAGUUGGGAGCUGAGAAGCCAUACAAAGCGAAGCUGGCUGCGAUGGUCGCCCUGGCAUGUGCAUUUGUCAUUGGAAUUGUCAAUGUUAUUUGGACAUCGAUAUUCCGGACAAGUUGGAGCGGCCUCUUCACCAAAGACGAAAUGCUCAAAUCUCUAGUUGCAUCCGUUUUGCCAAUUGUCGGCUUGUGCGAGCUCGGGAAUUGUCCGCAAACCACUGGCUGUGGCAUUCUACGUGGCGCAGCCAGGCCAGUUGUGGGUGCCCGUAUAAAUCUUGGCUCGUUCUAUUUCGUGGGCACUCCAGUGGCUGUCGGCUUGGCCUUCUGGCUCAAGGUUGAGUUCAGCGGGCUGUGGUAUGGACUUCUGUCGGCUCAAGUGGCCUGCGUCAUUUCGAUUCUGUAUGUCAUAUUCAAGUGCAUAGACUGGGAAGUGGAAACUUUGAAAGCCUCUAAGCUGACUAGCUUGGAAAUGAGCAAUAAAAGUACUGAUGAAGAGAAAAAAGGACUAUUAGUUUUAGAAAAUCAAAACAUUGAUAAUGUUGUCUAGGGCGUUGUCUGCCCUACGGGGAUGGGUUGGUAGUGGGGGUGGGGUGUCUAAAAAAUUUUGGUUUAAAACAUGGGGUUCUGUGGUGAAUGCACAUUUUUUUGUGCAGGCAAAGAAAGUGAUGGUGGCCCAUACAGGUGUUCUAUAACUUGAGGCUAGACAAUUAUUUUUGUUUUAUCCGUCUGUGGGAUUUGGUUUUGUGUUGUUC